AUGAUUGACAAAACAAAGAGAAACAAUGUUGCCUCUUUAGAGGCAGCAAUUCCGCUCAAUGAUGACGGUGGCUUCAUCCCGCUUCAACUUCCACUGGAAGAAGAAGGGUUGCUCUGCCUGGGAGUGCCGCCUAAUUCCUGUUACCUUGAAUCGUUUGAAAGCUGCAUUGAUGCGGAUUCCGUCUACGGGGACUUGCCUCGUCCCGCCUUCUUGCCAGGAUGUUGUCCUGUGUCUGGGCCUGCUGAAGGUGCUAGUAAUUGUCAGGAACUCGUGGAAGGCUUCUGGCAUGGCGACUUUGCCUUCAAGUUCGAAGCCGACGUUCCCAAGACAACCAAGGAUACUUUGUCUAUAUGUGCCUGGGUCCGAAGCGAAGAAUCGGAAGAUAUCAAUGCUGCAGUGAAGCUGGUAUUUGGCUUUGGGAAUGGAAGGACCAUCUUUCGUCAUGUCUUCAGCGACCGUAUUCAAUUCCAAUUGUCCAAAGAAGAGCUCCAACUCUUGGCGUGUCGAGUGCUUCAUCAGUUUCUUCGCCAGUUUGGCUGGAUGUUGCCCUGGACGUUUUUGAGUGCCAUGUUCAGCACUCUUUCCUUCGUGUUGGCCACCAAGACUUCCAGAUUAAGCGAGCUUUUGGAUCUGUGCAUCGUCAGGACUGAUUUGAUGCUUCAUAUUGUCGCAGGCUUCGACGAUGCCAAAGCAAUUGGAGCCGCCAUGUCUGAGAUAGGACGAGCUCUAGAGUCCGUGGGACGCUGCAACCAGGCCGGGGACCUAUACGUGGAGAUUGCCAAGGAAUACUUUGCGUCCAAUGUGGACUUGAAGGCCCAAGCUUACUCAAGUGCUGGAAAGGCGUUUUUAAAGGCGCAGGCUUACGAUGCCGCUCUGCAACAUCUCUUGAUCGGUCUGCAGGUUUUGGCAUCCGGCAACGCGUUGGAAUGGAAUAGCCAGGCGUCAGCCGGUAUCAUUGCCAAUCUGGUAUUGCUGCAUCAGGAGGUGCACACCAAGUCACUUGAGAGCAGGAGGGGCCAAGCGACUCAUGACACGACAUCGCUUACAGACGAGGAGAAGCUCUUCCCGGCCGUGGCUUGUCUACUUGUCAAGGCCGGGUUCGAUCCACUUGAACAGCCGGCUGCUGCUUUUCGGAUCCAAGGUCAAGGUCAAAGCAGCAUGUGCAUGGACAGACUCAAGCCCGAACUAAAGAAAAGGAAGCAAGCUAGACAGUUGCUGACGCGCCUGUUUCGCAGUGGGUCGGUGGAUUCCUACAAGGACGGACUCGUGUCUGCAAUGCCAGGGGAGAUGUGGGUGAAGUUUGAUGACUUGCCCAGAGCAAGCCCAGCUCAGACCACCAGCCCGACUACCCGCAGCGAGAGAGCCCAAGGUUGUUCGCACUCCCAAGAAGAUAAGGGUAUUCAAUCUUGCCGCAAAUGUGGGCACGAGGGAACGGAACGACAAAAACUCCUCAGCUGCCCGUGCCGUACAGCGCACUACUGCUCCAAAAGCUGCCAGGCUGAAGAUUGGAAACGGCAUCAGAAUACAUGUCCUACGCAUCAAGCAAAGAAGAGGCAGAAGGAGUGCAAAACGGACCGUGGCUUCCAAGAAGUCAGCAUUGUCGCAUAG